CUUCAAUGGAGCAGUAGUAGAGAAGCCAGAUCUAGCCGCAACGACCGGAGUAUAUGGUUUAGCUUUCCAUUUGUUGGAUUUUUAUCCUCGACUUUAGUACAAAGUACUGUCGACUGUUUUUUCAGCUGACGUUUAGCAGCACUGACAAGAAGAGACGAAAAGAUGAAAUACAUUAUAGGAAUUGGCGGAGUCACUAAUGGUGGCAAAACCACCCUGACAAAUAAGUUGAUCAAGACAUUGCCCAACUGCUGUGUUGUGCACCAGGACGACUUUUUCAAGAAACCUGAUCAGAUAGAAGUCGGGGAGGACGGCUUUAGACAAUGGGAUGUGAUCACAGCUUUGGAUAUGGAGGCCAUGACCAACACAGUAAAAGGCUGGAUUGAGAACCCAGUGAAGUUUGCCCGUUCCCACGGCAUUACUCUGUCUUCUGCAUCCAACGAUGCCAACCCAGACGAGCAGACCCACAUUCUGAUCGUGGAGGGCUUCCUGCUCUACAACUACCCACCCCUGCUGGAUGUUUUUGACAAGAGCUAUUACAUCACAGUUUCCUAUGAGGAAUGCAAGAGAAGGAGAAGUACAAGACAGUACACUGUUCCCGACCCUCGCCUGUUUGAUGGCCAUGUGUGGCGAUGUACCUGAAGCACAGGAGAGAUGGAGAACAGCGGCUUGAAUAUUGAGUGCCUGGAUGGGUUGAAGUCCAAAGAGGAGAUCUACAACCAGGUGUAUGAGGACAUUCAGAACAAUCUGCUUAACCGUUUAUAGCAGGAAGACUACUCUCCAUCUCUGUACAUAACUUGUAAAUAGGCCCACGGAUUUUUUUUAUGAAGUUUUUUUGUAAUUUGAUUUUUUGUUUUUAAGGAAAACAAAGCAAUGUUAAAUUAUUGUAUUUUUUAUAGUCUUCAGAUGAUCAAUAUUUUUGUUUUUCCUUUUUUAAAGUGAUUGCUGAACCAGAGCAUUACUGCAUUACUGUUAUGUUAAACCACUGACUUGUACUGGACCAUUUGUCACAUUCUCCUACAAAUAAAUGCAUUAGUUGCUGUUAAUAUCCAGUAAAUAGAUGCAUACAUUCAAAGUAAUUUUCAUUACAAAAUAAAAUUUUGAUAUAAUUCUA